AUGAGUUGCGUCCCAGUAGACCGCGACAUGGAUAUUUCCGCGCAUUCAGGCUACCGAGUUAUAAAAUUCUCUUUUAAUGCGAGCAGUUUUUCGUUAGAUUUUGUUUGGGCGGUUGAACUGAGUCGAUUUGGUUUGGAUCUCGUGGGUUUAUGGCCGAAAACUGACAAAGCGGUCAUCAAUAACGUCGUUUCUGGUCUUCGCGCGCUCGUUACUUUUAUUCUAAUCAUAUUUUUUUGCCUUAUUCCUCUUUUAUGUUCUCUCGUGCGAGUAUGGAACGACAUGAUACUCAUCAUAGACAAUCUCCAAGCAACUCUACCGGUAGCUGCAAUGUCUCUGAAAAUCACCAUCAUGUGGUGGAAACGAAAAGGCGCCUCGCUUAUUAUAGGAAUGAUAGCGGAAGAUUGGAUCGAAGUAAAAGAAGACGCGGAAAGAAAAGUGAUGAUAAGACGAGCACGAUCUCUUCAUCUGAUCGCAAUUUACGGAUACGUUUCCAUGACAUUCGCCUACAUAAUGGUUAUCAUUCUACCUUUAUUCGGUUUGCACUACAGAUACAUAACGAACUUCACCGAUGGGGACAAAGCGCUGCCACUGCAAACGUAUUAUUUUUACGACACAACAAAAAGUCCGCUAUUCGAACUCACGUACGCCGUUCAAGCCCUAUCGAUAUUCUUGGGCCUAAUCAUAUACACGUCGGUCGACUCUUUUUUUGGGCUUGCGAUUUUUCAUAUUUCCGGUCAGUUGGAAAUCUUCAAUCGCAGAAUGCUUACCUUGAUUUCAAAUAACAAUUUCGACUGCGCUUUACGUAAUAACGUAAAGAUUCAUCUACGACUAGUAAGGUUUUUGUAGAUUUUAUAUUACUUAUUACAAUUAAACUGAAUUUCGCAUGUUUCUUUAAUACAAUUUUGUAUACUAGCACAACACAGGCGCGCGCUACGGGCACGCUAUUGUU